UGAUGUCCUCAAAGUGGACGAACAAGGCACCGCCAACAUUUGCAAGCUAGCAAACAUUGCCUUAUCCGGUAACGUCAUACUCAGCAUCGGUCAAUGGUAGGUUUUGUUUAGUACUAACGUUUAUAAUACCGAUAAUUACCGUAGAAAGCCAACGCUAACUCGGCGAGGAGCUCGUCAUUAGCUAAGGAGAUGGAUGAUGAGCUGGAGAGCUUCAUCAGGGCGCGGAAGGCCAGAGUGGCUGAGGACAAAGCCAGUUUAGAGCAAGACCCUCCUUACAUGGAAAUAAAGGCAAAACCCCACAGAGCUUAUGGAUCCACUGUUAAAGAGAACAUCCCUCCCAAGACUAUAGCACAGGGGAAAGAGGACAGUUGCACUGUGGGUCUGCCCCUCGGCAUAGAGUACGAGAGGAAGAAACAGAGGCUGCAGCAUGAGCUCCGUAUGGACUACAGGCGCUACAUGGCUCAGAAAAAACACUUGGAUCAUGGAGAGCCUGGGCCAUUAAUUCACCUUGAUAACAGGAGGUCUAUCAAGCAACACCUGCUUGAAGACCAGACAGGUGAUCUCCCCAAACAGCGACCCCCCUCACGGAGGGAUGCAGCCACUCUAACAGAGGACAGUAGGCGGUUGCACAGGGCUUUGCGCCUUACUGAGGUUAACACUCUGAGUCCUGAGGAGGACGAAGGGCAGUCGUCUGUACUUCCCAGGCAUUGUGACAGGCUGGGGAAGCUAGCGGAGCAGGAGUCAGAGGAGGAGGAGUACUUGAUGGAGCUGGAGCUGAUGGAAGGAAGACGGCGCAGGCAUACAGGGGUUGAGACCAGUUAUGAGAAGAGACGAUCCAAUAAGACUGACGGCAGGGAGAAGAGGGAGAAUCUAGCCGGCAGGGGAUCGAGAGCACUGACCAAAAAUGAGGAUGCUGAGUUUGCCACUGGCCUUAUAAUAGGAGUAGCUGAUACAGAAGAUGCCUUGCAGAGGAGGAAGGAGCGCUAUAGACAGGAGCUGCAGGAGCAGAUAGCUGAACAGCACAGGAACAAGAAGAGGGAGAAAGAUUUGGAGCUGAAAGUUGCUGCAACGGGGGCAAACGAUCCAGAGAAACCGGUCAGCCAGCAUCUGACAACCAACUCACAUUUAGUUUGGGUCAAGAAGCCUGACCGCAUCAGACAGUUCGGACUGUGCAGGAGAGAAGAUCGGCAGGUCUUAGAGCCUUCAGCAACAGGAGAGAGUGAAACAUCAUCCAGAGGUCUGCCUAAUAAUGUGAAGAUAGGCGUUAGAAAUCGAGAGAUUCCUCCUCCUGAGCAGCCCCAUGUUGCCUUCCAGUCCCCUCUGCUGGAGUACAGCUCUGCCCUGGGCCUUGGGGGAGAAGGUCUGUCUCCCAACAGCCAGCCUGCUGCCCCCUCCUUCCCCAGAGCCAUGGACACUCCCAGCUCCAGAAUCCCCUUGUUUCCUCCACAUCCUCCUUCAACUCUCAGUGAAAGCUACAGGAGCCCGUAUGGAGAGCCCCACCACUACUACGGCACCAGAAACCUGCUUGACCCAAACAUGGCCUACUAUGGCCCCUUGUCUGUUCCUGGUGCUGGUCUUCCCAUGUCCUACUGGAACGUACCACCAGGGGGAGCUUUGCCCAGCCAGUAUGGUCACCACAGCCCUCACAGCCAGCACAGUGGGAGCAGCUUCCCUGAGCCUCCAAUACAGUCUAGCAACGACGCAGCAACUUUGGACUUGCAUGGCAGGACUUUUCCUUCAGACAGAACCAGAUCAACCAGGGAGAGGAUUAUGAGCUACAGGGAGGCUUUGAAACAACAGAUCCAGGAGCAACAGGAACAGAGGCGUGUGGAGAGGGAGGAGAGGGAGCGUUAUGAGGCCCAGCUGGAGGCUGACAUGAAGAACCACCAACCCUGGGGUCGAGGUGGAGGAGGAGCCCCGCUCCGAGACAGCACUGGAAAUCUUAUCGCUGACCUCAACCAGAUGCACAAACUGAACGAGGAGGCCUACAGCAACCCGGAGCAGUGGCAGAGGAGAGCCACGGCUGCCAUGACGGCCCGCCAGGCAGAGCUCCCUGACCCCAAUGAGAGAGUCUCUGGUACUGUAACAGAUUGCAGUAGCCAUGACACUAGUGACAGGCUCUCUGGUUUCACCCAUGUCCAAACCCCCCAGUUUGCCAGAGGCAAUGUGUUUGCCAACCAGCCCAGCCAGCAACAGCUCCACGAGCAGGACAAGUACAAAGCUUACCUCAAACAGCAGAUUGAUGAGAAGAUGCUUAAAAAGGCGGAGGAGAGGGAACGAACAAGACUGGAGGAGGAGAAAGAGGAGAAGAGGCUGGCGGAGCAGAGGGCUCGUAUCCAGAGAGAGUAUGAAGAAGAGCAAGAGAGGAAGAAACGAAAGGAAAUGGAGCAAAAGGCCAAGAAUGAAGAACUAAUUCAGCUGGCUGAACAGAGGAAGAAGGAAAUGGAGAGAAAGAAGAAGGAAGCGGAGGAGAAGGAGAGCGCAGCACUGAGGAGGCAGUAUGAGAGGGAGAGGCAGGCGCGGCUGGAGGAGGUCCCCAGGGAGCUGUCACCUCCAAUCCCCACCCUGCAGAAGAAACAUGGGCUACGCCAGUACACCCCCAGACCACCCACUGCUGACAGCCAGCAUUCUACUGCCCCCCUUUCUGAGCGCUCUCUGUCUGGUCUCCAGUCCCCUCCUGUCCCUGCUUGUAGGAAUCAGCUUCGCGCUGCUGGUGACCAGCGGGAUGUGUUCAGUGAGCUGUCAGCGUUGCGUCGGCAGCUUCGCAGUGAACAGAAACGAGUGGAGGGUCGUCUGCAGCAUGCCGACUGGGAGGAAUUAGACUCUCCGCUGAGUGACAGACACCGAGAGCGUCCCCAGGUGGACGUGUUUGAUAUGGCCAGGCUGCGGCUCCAGGCGCCCGUCAGACGGCCAAACUCCAGAAACGUGGAGCCCAGAAACCUGCUGCGUAUCCACGACUCUCUUCAGCUGAAAUACACAGACGGUGAGUCCAGGCUGGGCUUCAGUGACGUUCCUAAGCUGGAGGAAGGAGGAGGAGGAGGCAGGAGAAGGCGGGAAUACAAGGAUCCGUAUCACCAGUUCAGCAGCCAGAGGUCAACAGUCCAGGACGAUUAUUUUGACCUGUUGCCACCACAGCAAAAUGAUUAUCUGAGAAGUGUGCUGGGGGGGUCGGCAAGAGGUUCUCUGCUGGAGUCAGAGAGUGCUUUCAUUGACCCCCUAGGCGAUGCCUUUCCAGUGCCGCAUACCCCAGAGCUUGAAAAAGCCCCUCUGCUGUCAGCCAGGGAGAGGAGGAGGCUGGCCAAACAGCCACAGCGUCCCCAGGAUCGAGCCGCUUCCAGCCAGCCCUUCAGCCAGUGUGAUGACUACUCCGCCCACUCAGGUAACAGACUGCAGCAGGAAGCUGAGCCCAGCGGUGACAUAGGGAGCCGGGACAGGACAGGUCGUCUGAUGGCUCUCAGUCGUCGUGGCAACACAGCAGGAGCAGCAGACCUGUCUGAUGACAACUCCUCCCCUCCCCGGUUUUCUCUCGGCAAUCUCAACCAUCAAGGCUCCGUGGAUACUGUCUCCACAGAUUCCUGGAUGCGACCGGGAACAUCGGACACACUGAAAUGUUUGGACCGACCAUCAAGGAGGGAGCGGUUGAAGACGUAGCAUUGUGUCCCUGAGCUCGCCUCAACACACCUGCCCCCUCUGAUCAUGACAUCAUGGUUGGUUUUAACUCAGCUUUUUGUGACGGACAGACACUUCUGUAUGAAUGUCUAAAAAAACCUGAUACUAACGGGAAUGUACUUUCAGUUAAAUGACGUCAGAGAACCUCAAUAUCUGAUG